GGCGAUGGUUGUGACUAUGAUUAUGACGAUGCCUAUAGAAUGGCACUUCGUACAGUGCGCAACUCGGCCCCUCGAGCUACCUAGGCAGUACUUGAUAUCUCAUACUUCAUAUCUCACACUUCAUAUCUCACACUUCACGUGUUCCAACUCCCAUGCGACCGUGAUGACUAAUCACGCCCAUUUUCCACAGCAGCACUCACUCACUCGACGCGUUCAGGUUCGAUGUUCUCCAGAGGCGUAACGCGUCGAUUCUUCGAAACAGUAGCACCGCCUUGCACCACCUUGCACCACCUUGCACCCUACCCAACUACACUUUCAAUCCCCAACCAGUCCAUCAUCAAUCACAAAUCACUUCCCAUCAAAUCGUUCUGUCCCACUUCACCACCCCGUUCGACAAAAAUAUAAUAAUAGCUUUCCUUCCCAGCCACUAACAACGACCCGUCUCCUCUAGACUCACUUGAUACACCUUAUUUUACAAUUAAUAGCCACUUUUUUCUUCAAUUGCUCCCACUUUGCGCGCACUGUGUUUUAAAUAAAUAAAUAAAAAAAGUGUUCGAUGGCAUCAACAAGCCAGCCGCAUUCUUCUUUCCCCGCGCGUCCGUUCAAUAACCUACGCAAUCCUCCCACCACUACCGCUUUUGCUCAAUCACAACCCGCGCUGGCGUUGAGGCAGAAGGAAAGGUUAUCGAAGGAUACCCAAGCGCAAGCUCCCGCCCCGGCCAUGGCCCCGCCGGCGAAUGCUCAAAUGAAUAUCUUAAGUGAUGAACAGAGAGAAGAGAUCAAUGAAGCUUUCGUUCUCUUCGACAACGACAAGGACCAAAGAAUCGACUACCACGAAUUCAAAGUCGCCCUCAAAGCUCUCGGCUUCGAUCUGCCCAAACCUGAAAUCCUCACUCUCCUCACCACGCACGGCAUACCCCCCGACACCGCAGCGCGCCCCGGCAUACGCGAUCCCAAUAUUCCCCCCGGGCGUCUGCUCCUCACUCUCCAAGCCUUCCAAACCAUCGCCGGAAAUCUAAUAGCGGCGCGCGAUCCCCGCGACGAGAUACUGCGAGCGUUCGCUCUCUUCGAUACCGACGACAAAGGCAUGAUAACCCUUGAAGAUUUACGGCGAGUAGCGCACGAACUAGGCGAAGGGCUCGAAGAAGACGAGCUGCGAGCAAUGAUAGAGGAAUUCGAUUUAGAAGGCAAAGGCGGAGUGGGGAGAGAAGAGUUUAUUCAAAUAUGUAUGGGAUGAAUGAAAACCCCCAAACUCAAUAUAUCAUCUCAUCCUCAUCAAGGUCUCGGGUCACCCAUUGGAUUACCACCUUCCCCCAGUCUCUGGAAGCAGUCCACCGAUUUGUUCCAUCGUUUCAUCGAAAACAAAAUCAUCCCGGCCAAUUCGAAGUACUGGAGCAGAAGGAUAGGAGAUAGAGACCUGUUUUGAUUACAGUAUGAAGUUUUUGUCUUUAGUUUUCCGUGUAUAUCACAUCUUUAUACCAUCAAUCAUAUCAAGGAGUAAAGCAAGGAGUGCAGGCGUCAGGUUGGGUUACAGAGAGGCCAAGGUAUUGCACUACCUUCAUGCAAGUAGGUAUGCAUAAUUACAGUACAUUUCCAGGGUGCCAUACCCACUCCACGAGAAAGGCAUUCGUGAUCUCUAUUUGAAAACACCUAUCUGCCAGUCGAAGAGUCUGUCCAGAAGUCGCGUCGAAUGGCAUCAGGUAUCA